AUGACCUCUCCCCUCCCCCAAUUCAAGCAGGACUUCCUACAGACCAUCCUCUCAGCCAAAAUUCUGACCUUUGGCUCCUUCACGCUCAAAUCCGGCCGUGUCUCGCCCUACUUCUUCAACGCCGGCCUCUUCAACAAUGCCUCUCUCCUCACCUCCCUCGCAAAUGCCUACGCGCGCACGAUAGACUCCCACCCAACGCUCAGCACGUCGUUCGAUCUCCUCUUUGGGCCUGCAUACAAGGGUAUUCCGCUCGCGACCAUCACAGCGACGCAACUGUUCUCGCUCAACAACGAGAAGUAUGGCAGCACCGGGUACGCCUUCAACCGAAAGGAGAAGAAGGACCACGGCGAAGGCGGAUCUAUUGUUGGAAUGGAUAUGCGCGGGAAGAAGGUUGUCAUUGUGGAUGAUGUGAUUACAGCGGGAACGGCGAUCAGGGAGGCUGUGGAGAUCAUCAAGGCUGCCGGUGGGGAAUUGGUCGGGAUUGUGGUGGCGCUCGAUAGGCAGGAGAGGAAGGUUGUGAAGGAAGGUGAGGUGGACACUGGGUUGAGUGCUAUUCAGGAGGUCAAGAAAGAGCUGGGGGUUGAGGUCGUUGCCAUUCUGGAUCUUGCGGAUUUGAUUGCCGGGGUUGAGGGAGGUGUGACUACCGUAUUAUUAACGAUUAUUCUGGUGAUUGGGGAAUAG